UCACAAGGAACAGAUUUUACUUGAUCCAUAUUCUUUUUCUUCUUGUUUGAUCUGCUGAAUUUGAAAGCAUUUAAACAGUCAAAGUAGCCUAAACCGCCUGAAACGUUUAAACCAUUUGUUCCUUUCCUCGCCAGGAAGAAAAAGUCAUUUGUUAUUCCCCACGAAUGAGUUUUUAUCUUAAAUUUGAUGGGCCUGCACUGUUUGCACGUCCAGGCUGGACAUUGAAAAUAACUACACGUGAGUAGACCCGUUCGUCAUCAACGAUCGACGGCGGUUAGGGUUCCGUGAGCUGGGAAAGGUGAUCACUGUUUAACGCCACCUCCACUCGAGGCCAAAAAGUACCAGGCGGAGAGAGGAGAAGGAAAAGGAGGACAGGGAUUCUUUGCAGGAACCGGCCUAGAAAAGCUUCUGUCGAUUGACGACGCGUUUGCGCUGUUCAAUUUGACAGAUUAUAUGAAGGCUGAAAAAUCUGAGAGCGUGAAUUUCAGAUAAGUUUUUUGGCGUUUUUUUUAGAUUUUCGAUUGGCAGGGAGAGCUUUUUUCUGCGAGGUUUGCGGCUUUAAAGUGUUAUUUUGGGGGCAUUUUGUGAGACAACAACAUGUACUUCCUCUGGUACCAUAUAUCAUUCAAAUAGUAUUAAGAAAGUCUGGUCAGUGACUGGUAAGAGUAAAGGUUCUUUGGAUCUUUAGUUUUUCGUUCUUCUUUUGAACAAUUUGCUCCUGUCAUGGGCCUCUGCCAUGGAAAAGCCACGAACGAGCUACCAAAAAAAGAGGAAAAUAAAAAUAGUAACGGGAUUAUCGAGAGUAGCAACAAUGACACUGGUAAAAACGAAUGCAAGCCCAAGCCCUUUGUUGGUGAAUCUCCGUCAGUUGACGGAAUUAGCAAACCCUCGCCUUUUCCUUUCUAUAGCCCUAGCCCUGCAAAUAAUGGUAACAUCAGUUUUUUCAAUUCUCCGGCGAAUUCGACUCCUCGGCGGUUUUUCAAGCGGCCGUUCCCUCCGCCGUCUCCUGCAAAGCAUAUUAAGGCUGUCCUUGCGAGAAGACACGGUUCGGUGAAGCCUAACGAGGCUUCAAUUCCUGAAGGGAGUGAGAGUGAGGUGGUUUUGGAUAAGAGCUUUGGAUUCAGCAAAAACUUCCCCACAAAGUAUGAUCUGGGCUACGAGGUAGGGCGCGGGCAUUUUGGUCACACGUGCUUUGCAAAGUGCCGGAAAGGAGAGCUCAAAGGCCAGUCAGUUGCUGUCAAGGUCAUAUGCAAGGCUAAGAUGACUACAGCUAUUGCCAUUGAGGAUGUUAGAAGGGAGGUGAAAAUUCUAAGAGCAUUAACAGGACAUAGCAACUUGGUGAAGUUUUAUGAUGCAUAUGAAGACAGCGCAAAUGUGUACAUAGCAAUGGAGUUAUGCGAGGGUGGGGAGCUUUUAGAUCGGAUUCUUUCAAGAGGAGGGAAGUACUCUGAAGAUGAUGCAAAGACUGUUGUUGUUCAAAUUUUGAAUGUUGUAGCAUUUUGCCAUCUUCAAGGUGUGGUACAUCGGGAUCUAAAGCCAGAGAAUUUCCUGUUUACCAGCAAAGAGGAACAUGCACAGUUAAAGGCUAUAGACUUUGGGUUGUCAGAUUUUGUUAAGCCAGACGAAAGAUUAAAUGAUAUUGUAGGCAGUGCAUACUAUGUUGCACCAGAAGUUCUUCAUAGGUCUUAUGGUACAGAAGCAGAUGUGUGGAGUAUUGGUGUUAUUGCAUACAUCCUUCUGUGUGGCAGCCGACCUUUCUGGGCUCGAACUGAAUCUGGUAUUUUUCGAGCUGUUUUAAAGGCUGAUCCAAACUUUGAGGAAGCUCCUUGGCCUACUAUGUCUUCUGAGGCAAAGGACUUCGUCAAACGCUUAUUAAAUAAGGAUAUGCGCAAAAGAAUGACUGCCGCGCAGGCUCUUACUCACCCUUGGCUCAGGAAUUCUCACACUGUUAAGAUUCCCUUGGACAUUCUAAUAUAUAGACUUGUGAAGGCACAUCUGCGGGCAUCGAGUCUUCGAAGAGCGGCGCUGAAGGCCCUGGCAAAGACACUUACUGUGGAUGAACUAUUCUAUUUGCGGGAACAAUUUGCAUUGUUGGAGCCAAAAAAUGGACAGGUUACUCUGGAAAAUUUUAAAGUGGCUUUAACGAAAAAUGCAACAGAAGCAAUGAAGGAAUCCCAUGUUUAUGACUUACUUUCAUCGAUGAGUUCUCUACAAUCCAGGAAAAUGGAUUUUGAAGAAUUCUGUUCUGCUGCUAUAAGUGUUCAUCAGCUUGAAGGACUAGAUCGAUGGGAACAGCAUGCUCGUUGUGCAUAUGAACUGUUUGAACAGAAGGGCAAUCGAACAAUUGUCAUUGAAGAAUUAGCCUCGGAACUUGGGCUAGGACCAGCUGUUCCAGUACACGCUGUACUUCAUGACUGGAUAAGGCAUACUGACGGAAAAUUAAGUUUUCUUGGGUUUGUAAAAUUACUACAUGGAGUGUCUACAAGAUCAUUGACAAGGCCACAGUAACACCCUUGUCCAUUCUUUGACUUUGUACCUCUACCUGACAUUGAGGUGAAGAAAUCUGCCAGUCCUGACUACUAGUCAUGAUAUCUUUUUCUAAAGUUGGGAGGAUUUGUUCCUGUUGUGAGAGGCUUUUCACAAACACAAACAUCCCUAACCUUGAAAUCACAAUAUUCUCCCAGAGAAUAAUUUUGCUGACCAUGAUCAUGUUAAUGUGGUUUUUUUGCAGGCAGGGAUCUGAUACAUGUAUAUUAAUCCCCACUUUUAUCAAGUAGCCUGUUCAUACAUUUUAGGGCUUUGCAUUGUUUGUAUUCCACAAUUCAUUUGGCAUUGUAAAGGGAAGAAAAUUUGUGGCGCCUGCUAGAGCACAUCAUAUUCAACUGGAACCUCCUAAGUAAUAUUGUGUUUCACGAAAUGCCUCUUAUGUGUUCCCAGUAAGUGAGGCGCAUUCUUUAUGUAAUGUAUAGCUGAUUGAGGGAUCUGCAGACAACUUGAUGCGGUGCCCAGUCAAAGCAACACUCAUUUUCAGUGCCCUGUCAUUUUGUCCAGUACAAAGCAAUUGAUCCACGUGAACUUUUAUCAUAUUAGUUCACAAAUGAGCUGGCAGGAGAGGUUUAUGACAUGUACGGUGAACUGUGCUUGAUUAUGCAGGACUUAAUUUCUUGAAUGCAAACAUUUAUCUGUUGUAGACUAGUA